UGAAAUUCACUUGAAAAGGUCGUCAGUCCAGUUUAGCAAAUACUCAUUCAGUAAUGGCAUCUGAAUCUCAGAAAAAGGAGUUCGCAGCUGCACGAGAGGAAUUAUCUGGCCCCUCCACUACUAAGCUGGACGAAAGUGCCGCCGCUCAGGUCCAACAGAAUGUUCUGAAUAAGCUGCGAGAAAGAUUUGCUGACCUUUUCUUGACCGACGACGCUGACCAAAGAAACCACGAUAUUUAUUACUGUCUCGUGAAAGGUAUGUGUAAAGAGGAAGAAAAGAAAUUGGUGUCUUGCUUUAUGAGGGCCGAUGCAGCAGGUGCAGAUGUGAGUGAAUCGUGCAACGAAGAGAUUUUAGAAAUGAAAACUUGUAUAAAUAAGUGCCUUUUCAAGCUGACGGAAAAGAAACUAGACUUAAUGCUGCUGUUAAGUCACCUGAAGAACUGUAUUCAUCACUGAAGUUUUGCGUACACUAUUCGUAUUUCUCGUCAAAUUCACACUGCUACCUGCGAUUGAUGUCGGAUAUUCCUUAUUACUACAGUUCUUAAUCUUUGCUGGCGAAGUAUUUUACUUGUUCACAAUUUUCUUAACCGUUUUUCACAGUUCUUAACUUUUUGUACAGAAAUAAAACGAUUUAAAGUUAAUA